CCCUGGUCCUGCUUGGAAAAAAUGGCUGCUUCGGCGGCGGAGACGGGCUCCUGCCCCAGUUUGUUUCCGAGCUUCUCCGUAGUUUGCUCGUUCCUAGAACGUUAUGGAGCUGCACUGAACUUACCGGAGCUUACGUUUCCACAGUUGGAAGGAUACCUAACGGAGACCUCGACAGUUCCAAAUGUCCUGGUGGAUCUUCAUGUAAAGUUGUUGAGGAAAAUAGGCAAGUUUGUGCCCGUGGACAAAUGGGAGAAGUACCUCAUCAAGUUAUGUCAGGAGUUCAACAGUACGUGGGCCUGGGAACUCGAGCAGAAGGGCUACCUGGAGAUGACGGCCGAAUGCAAGAUCGAAAUCCUCAAAUACUUGUGCGAGUGCCAGUUUGACGACAACCUCAAGUUCAAGGCCGUGAUCAAUGAGGAGGACCCUGACAAAAUGCGGCUGCAGCCGAUUGGCCGAGACAAGGACGGGCUCAUGUACUGGUUUCAGCUGGACGGGGACCAUAACGUCCGCGUCUAUGUGGAGGAGCAGGAUGACCUGGAUGGGUCCUCAUGGAAAUGCAUCAUCAGAACGCGAGAUGAUUUGGCAGGAACUUUGGCUCUACUGAAGACGCAGAUUGACCCAGCACUGCUGACCAAGACGGACCAGGAGCAGGAGUCCACCAGCACUAGUCCAAGCCCCGAGGAUGGGGAGAAUAAGAAAGAGGAGCUUGAAGGGAAUGAAAAACCGGAGGAAAUUAAACAAGAGCCGAAAUGUGACAGCCUCGCCGAGGAUGCAUCAGGCUCAGCUUCCACAGAGUGUGAGAAGGACGAAAAGGACUUGAAGCACGAGAUCACAGACAGUGAGAUGACUGCAACCAGUGAAAUCAAAGAGAACGGGGUGAAAACCGAGUCCCCAAUCAAGAGCAAGAGCACGGAUAAAACACCUGAGAUCGAUAACGGGGUCAAAACGGCCGCCGUUAUCAAAGAGGAACCCAAAGCACAGCUAAGUCGUGACAGUGCCGUUGAUCCUGCCCCGGCGACAUCUGUGGUAAAAACAGAGGGUUCUGUGAAAGUGGAACCUCUCCAGGAGGUGAAGAGUAAGAUGGUGGAGGACGUCCAGAGGGCAAUGAAGAGUGACCAGCAGGCAAAAAUCCCUCUGAAGAAGAGAGAGAUGAAACUGAGUGAUGACUUUAAUGGCAGCAACGGGGGCAGCAUCAUUGUACGGAAUCCAUCCCUUACUUCCUCCAAAGAGCUGCUGAAGGACGAAGCAGUGAAGGGGGAUGAGUUGGCGUCUCUGAAGGAAGCCAAAGGUAGCCAUACAAACAUGGAAGUCCAAUCAUCCACAGAAAUCGGUGACCACAGUGGGAGUAAUAAGAAGGUACUAGACAAGGGAAGGUUGUGCAGUCCACCUGACAGCGGGCAACUGAAUAAGGAAACUGAGAAGGCUGAAGAGAGCACAGUGGCAGGAGGUAGUAUACCAUCAGCAGUAAUGCAUAAAGAGGAGCUAGGGAAAGAGGUGGAGAAAGAUGAGACAAACAAAGAAGAUCAUAAAAAUUCAGUAGUGGACAAGGAAGUGAAGAAAAAAGAUCUGGAUGAGGAACAAGAAAAGGAAAAACCCGCAGAGGACAAGAAAGAGAAGAAAAAGGUAGAAGAGGAAGAAGAGAAGCAAAAACCAGAGACAGACAGGUGUGAAAAGGAGAAAGCGGUGGAGGAAGAUAAAGAGAAGAAAAAACCUGUUGAGAAGAAAGAGGACAAACAAGAGGAUGGCAAGGAGAAGGAAGUUGACCCUGUUGAGCCCACAGUCCCUAAUCAGACAGUGAAGACCACAAUAACCGAGGACAAGGGAUCCGAUACUGUUGAGGAUGAUUCUGGUGCAGCUUUAGAUGGGAUGGACACAAAAUCAUCACCUAAUGAGGCAGAGAAACGAUCUGCACCUGAGGCAUCACCCUCAGAAGGAGAAUGCCAAGGCAAAUCAGAGAAGGUACAUGCUCAGACCAAAGAGGUAGUCAAAGAGGCUCAAAGGAUAAUGGGAGCUGUUUCCCCAGAGCAGGAAGAGAAGGAUGGAGAGAAGGAUGGAAAGAAAGGGCAGAAAGACCCAGAAACCCCUGCUGAAGUUUCUCCAAUGGAAUGCGAUAGGCCUGCAAACACGGAAGAUGCAGCUAAUUCAACAACCAGUGUGCAGGACGCUCAACAUCACAAGGAGGCGGAGGCCAGGGGGGACGUUACAGAAGAUGGAGAUGGCAAAACCACGGGGGAAGAAUCCACAGCAUCAAAGGAGAACGAGGAAGGGGCGAAAGGAAGAAGUAGCACCCGAAAGAAAGCGGCUAAACCUGAAGCAGAGAUGGAGGAUGACAGGGCGAGUAACAAGGCGAUGGAGGAUGUAAGUCCCAAGGAGAAGAAAGCUGAAAAAGAAACCGCAAGCAAUGCGGUAUUGGAAGAUGAAGGCAAGCAGGAAGACGGAGACGCCAUGUUGGAUGAAAACAAGGAUGCGGCAGCUGUGAAGGAAGGCCUGGAGACCGGCGAGGUGAUGUCAAAGGCCCGGCAAGAAGGCUCCCAGACGAAGCCCAGAGUCCCCGCCAAUCGAAGGAAGGCUGCUAUCCUUAGGGAGGGCGUCCAGCGGAAGCGCCAGACCUCUGUCCGUCCCAAGGCAGUUGAGAACCAAAAGGAGAACAGCGUCUCUGACACCUCUGAGGGGAUGUCUCUGAGGAGGUCCCCCAGGAUCUGCCGUCCAAGCGCCAAGAUGGCCGAAAUCCAGGACAUGAAACAGGAGAAGAUGCAAAUCACGUCCAUAGCUGAAGAAGAAGAAGAAGAAGAAGAGGAGGAGGAAGAAAGCAACGACAAAGAGGAAGCCAAGCCUGUCCAAAAGAAACCGCAAGAGACGACUGCUGAACCGGACAGCAAGCCCAAGUCAACAAAGGGAAGGCGGCGGCGAAGGGCAAGGUGGUCAAACAUCUCUCGGCGUAAAACGAAGGGUUCCAGUGAGGAGGAGGAGGAGGAUGAGGAUGAGGAUUAUGAAGAUGAAGAAGAAGAGUUUGAGGAUGACAAUAGUGAUGAAGAUUACAAGGUGGAGAAUGACAGGAAGAGGAAGAGGAACAGAAACAGGAUAAGGAAUGAUUCUGACAGCUCCUCGUCCUCAGAUGGGAUUCCCAAUGAGGACCCUUGCAAACACUGUGGCCUACCCAACCACCCUGAACUGAUCCUGCUGUGUGACUCCUGUGACAGUGGCUACCACACCGCCUGUCUCCGCCCACCUCUCAUGAUCAUCCCAGACGGGGAAUGGUAUUGCCCACCCUGUCAGCACAAACUGCUUUGUGAGAAGCUGGAGGAAGAGCUGACAAAACUAGACGCAGCCCUGAAGAAAAAGGAACGUGCAGAUCGCAGGAAAGAACGCUUGGUGUAUGUGGGGAUCAGUGUGGAAAACAUCAUCCCUCACCCUGAGGUGAAAGCUGAAGAGGAGAAGGUGGUGGAGGAGGAGGAGGACGAGGAGGAGCAGGAGGAAGAAGAAACAUAUGAGCACAGAAGUUGGAAAUUUGGAAGGAGGUCAACAAGGAGAAGAAAAAAUAUCAGCUACAGGUUUGAUGAGUUUGAUGAAGCCAUUGAAGAGGCCAUUGAAGAAGACAUCAAAGAGGCAGAAGGAGGUGGUGCAGGUAGAGGGAAGGACAUGGCCAACAUCACAGGACACAGGGGGAAGGACAUCUCCACAAUCUUGCAGGAGGAGGGCAAGGAGAACGGGCGGCCGGCCCGCGGCAAGCCCGCCACACGCAAACGGAAACGGAGGCGGCUGAACGACCUGGACAGCGACAGUGCACAGGACGAGGAGGAGAGUGAGGAAGAGUUUCGCCUAAGCGGCAGUUCGGAAGAGGAGGAAUUUGUAAUGUCUGACAACAACGCAGAAAGCGAUGUGGUGAACUCCUUCGACGACAGUGAUUUCGGCAGCUCGGGUGAAGGUCCUAUGACUACAUCCAGGUUCAGAAAACGAGCAAAGAGGGUCAGACGCGCUCCACGUCGACGGAGAGGCUACUCCGAUGAUGAAAUGGAGGAGGAAAUUGAGGAGGAGGAGGAGGAAGAGGAAGAGGAGGAGAUAGUGACGGAGCGCUCCAGUGAAUUCAGUGAUGAUGACCUGGACAUGAGGAGACGCAGGUCGUCACGGAGCCUGAAGAAGCAGGUGAAUUACUGCGAGACCUCCGACACCGAGGGCUCGCAAGCAGCCUCCAACCGGGACAAGCACAAGCCAUCGCACCACCGCCGCCUGUCCAGCUCGGACAGCGAAGGGAGUUUCCGCUCAGACCAAGAGGAGGAAGGGAAGAUGGCGAAGAGGGGGCCGAGGAGGGGCGCGUUCCCCCUCAGGGACUACAGGCACGGACGCCGGCAGCUGACGCUGAAGCGGCGGAGGGCUUCGGAGGAGGACGACGACGACGACGACGAUUCCGACGAGUCCGAGGAAGAGGAGCGGCCCGUCCGCAAGAGGCUGAACCGCAUCGAUUCAGACGACGAGGAGGAGGAAGAGGAGAAGACCCUUGUGGGCAGGGAGGACGAGGGCGUGAAGAAGACGCACAGGAUGGCCAGCGAAGAGGAGGAGAGUCCGCUGGAUUAUAACCUGGUGGAGCUACCCUCUGCCAAUGGACAGAGCCCCAUGAAGGGCCUGGAUGGCUUCAUCACCAGCCGGCCUGGAGCUCUUCAGGGAGGGCCAAAGAUUAGCGGGGCACCCGCCGCUGGUCUGGCCCCCAAUGGCCUGGCCACGCAGGAGAUUGUCCCUCAGGACGAGGAUGAAGACGACCUCUUGGGGGUGACUGACCUCGUAGACUACGUCUGCAACAGCGAACAGUUGUAAAUCCGUAGUUACAAUUACUAGCCAACACCUCCACCACCACUUCCUCGUGCCAGCAUGAACCUGUGUUUUGGACAAGGGCUGGCCUUGACUGUGGCCAAAGUCAAAUUUUCAAGUGCACAGUGUCUGUGCAAUCUUCCGCUUCUCGCAAAACACGCAGAAACACCCGGGUGAAGGACUUCCAGUGUCCAACUCUGAACUAACUCUCUUUACAGUACCAGUGGUCUUGAGAAAGGUACAUUACUGGCCUUGUUUUUACAAAAAUGGAUAUUGUAUUGUAGACACUAUGUUGUAUAUUCCCUGUUUGUUUUUCUUUGUAUUUUUUUCUGUUCCUGUUGUAAGAUUUUUAUAUUUUGUAUGAAAACUUUGUCCGUAACAAAUCAUUUUGGGGUCUGGGUAGCAAUGCAUUCCAUUCUCAACUUGGAGUUGAAGGGAUCUCCAGGAGAAAAAUCUUUAUUUUUUCUUAUAUGACGUGUUGUGCUUUUUGUAAUCCAUUUUUCUGCCAAUGAGUAGGAAAUUAUGUCAUAGUAUAAUAUCAUUGGUAUAUUUGUCCAGUGAGGUCAAAUUUUUAUGGACCGUUGAUACUGAACACUUCUUUUGCCUCCGUUAUGACUAACUGCUAGGAAACAAAUGUAAUGUCACUUAGCUUACAUUUCAAAGAAAAAUGUGUUCCUUUAGUCUGAUUCCUACACUAGCUUUGUACUUUUAUAAUAUUUUAACGAUUAUUAUUUCAUUUAUCAUAUAGAUAUACAUUCAGAAUUAAACCUUUGCCUGACUGACUUUGUUGUCAGGGUUGAUAUUUCUUCCAUCGUUUAUGCUGAUCAAGUUAUUGGUAUUUAAUAAGUUGCUGUUGGAUUCCAAACCAAAUCAGAAAUCAGUGAGACAUAAGCUAGUACCCGAAAAGCAGUAAUGCUCUUUUUAUCUAUUCUAUGAAAAUGUGAUAAAUGUGGUAUUUCAGUAAUGGCAGUUUCAGAAUUACAGUUCACUCAUUAACCAGUGUUUUUACAACUUUUUUAAAAGGUACUUUUUAGAGUUUCUCUCUAUCUUUAAAAAUGUUUUUAUCCCUUUGCUGGAAAGUCCAUUGAUCGGUUUUAGAACAAGUUUCUGGAGUCUGAAAUAAACCGGUCUUUGCUAAUCAAGGUAGCUUAUUUGUACUCAAAAGUCAAAAAGUAUGACAUUAUUCAAACCUUCUUGACAGUUGAGUGCCAUUUGCGCCUGUUAAAGUGUGUCUAUGUGUGUCUGUGUGUGUUAAGUUGACUGUCAAUACACCAAUACAAGUUCUCCCUGCUUGAUUUCUUUACUUUCUCACACUACCAGAUCAGCUUUAUUAGUGUUUAAGAAUAUAAUUACAGUAUAUAAACAUUCUUUUUUUUAUUAAUGGAAUAAUUAAUUUCUCUUCAUUCUUCCCAGUUUCUGACUGUUAUAUUGUUAUAUCGGUGUAAUGUUUAACUAUUACAUUUGUCUGGAUUUGUGGUUGAACAGUGUCCAGUGUCUGCCAAAACCUUUUUAACACCAGUAAACCAUCACACAGUG